AUGAGUACCAACGACUUUUCGGGGGCCCCCGACUCACCAGACGACAUGACAAUCACAACAUACCCCAGCGUCAUCUCUGUUCCCGGUGCGGCGCAGCGUAACCUCGGCACCGUGACCGAUUGCCUCGACCCACUCGUAAACGGUCCCGUACCAGCCAAACACGUGCUCGAGAUCGCCUCGUUCCCAUACGAGCAUAUGCGCGGGUACGCUAAAAAGUGGCCGCACGUCCAUUUCUCGGGUACCGUGCGCGACAUUGAUGAGAUGGAAAAGACGUCGCUGGAUGGUAUUCCGGGCAACGUGGCGCCGCCGGAGAAGCUCGAUAUCGCGAUUCAGAAGGAUUGGGACGCUCUGUUUGACACGGUCAACGAUCCUUUUGACGGUGCGAUCAUGGUCAACCUCGUCCACUGCACCCCCGAGGGUCUCCCCGAACACGUCUUCCGCAACCUCUCGCCCCUCACGCCCGAGGGCCGCCGCGUACUAGCCCCCGGCGGCUGGAUUGGCGUCUACGGCGCAUACCUCAACGAAGAUGGUACCUUCCGUUCCGAGGGCGACGCAAAGUUUGACGCCGAGUGGAUCAAGGCCGUACACCCGUCACUCGGGCUGCGGUCGCCCAAGGACCUGCGUGAGAUGGCCGAGAAGUGGGGAUGGCGCGAGGAGAGCCAGAGCAUUGUGGCAAAGGGCAACUUGUUUAUAGUGUUCCGUGCCACGAUCCCAGAGUGA